UUGUUGUAAAGAACAAAUUCCGAGGAGGGAAGAGGCGAAAGUACGGAACCAAACAGAAUAAUGGUGUUCUCCUCGAACCCCUUAUCCCUGAGCGUCCCGGAGCCCGCAUUCGAGUCAUGGCUCCGCGACAGCGGCUACCUCGAAAUUCUCGAUCAGCGAACCUCCGACCUCCACCGCCUCUCCUCCUCCUCAGCCGCCGCCGCCGCCGCCGCCACCACCACCGCCACCGCCACUGCCAUUGACUCCGCCACCACCAUCACCAAUGGCUUAUUCUCAUCACUUUUCUCUCACAUCGGAACCCUACUAUCUCUCUUCACCCUCAACCCCUUUGCUAAGCUCACCGCCGACGACUUUUCCGGCGAGACUCCGUCUUGGACCCAUGGAUUCAUCGGAUUCUUCGACUCCUACUCUUUUCCUUCCUCCUCCUCUCAGGCUCGCUUGAGGCUUCACGAGAACGUCAAGCGCUAUGCUCGCAAUUACGCCUCCCUCUUCAUCCUCUUCUUCGCCUGCUCUCUGUAUCAAAUGCCUCUUGCGCUUAUUGGGUUAGUAUCAAGUUUAGCUCUUUGGGAUGCAUUCAAGUACUGUGGUGAUCGGUGGGGAUUAGUUCAAUACCCUGCAAUUCGACAGAUCACGGUUCGCAUUGCUCAGUGUGCAACUGCCAUUAUUCUGUUCGUGUCCAACAUUCAGAUGGCUCUCUUCUGUUCUCUUGGUGUCAGCUAUGCAGUUGUAAUUUUGCAUGCCUCAUUUCGGAAGCUGACUCCUGCAAAGCAACCUGCACCUGCACGGGGGAGAGGGAGAUAGAAAUGUCUCGACAGUUGUAAGAUACGACUUUGCCGUUCAUACAUAUUGCUGCUAUGUAUCAACAGCUUCACUGUAAAGCAUUACUGUGCAGUGGAUCUUGCAGAUAAAAGUUUCAUGUUUUUGUCGGAUCAAUCCAUUCUUGCUUCCCUUUUGACUUUUCGUAUAUGAAAAGGAACCCUACCAUAUAUUCGUAGUUACUAGUUUUUUGGAGAAUAGGUUUUAUUGCCUUGUUUGUUGAACGUGGAAAGCCAUGUAUUUUUAGGCAGACUGUCCUUGCAAGAAUGUGAAGGGGUUAUGUUUGGAUUUGGAUUUGGAUUUGUAAAGUGAAAAGAAAAUAAGGAAAAUGAAAUCAUUUUUUAUGGGCAAAUACAAAUUAAAUUUUUUU